AUGAAUAAUUCUCAGUCGAACCUAUCACCUCAACGGAAAGCUCAAACUUCUCACUUUUUAACUACACCUGGUGAUCAUCUUACUCGUUCUGAACAAAACCUUGAAUCUGAAACACCAUUCUGUCGAACCUGCACUGCAAACCAAGCUCUACAAAUGAAUUUGUUAGCCAAUUAUCUUCCAAAUGAAACUGAAGAUGAUCAUCUAAGUGGGAGUAGUAAAGCAGGAACCAGUUCCGAGAUGCGACGACUUUUAGAUGCGCUUCCACAAUACAAAGAGUCAUUAGAAGCUCGUUAUCCAGUUCUAUGCUCCGAAUGUUCACCAAAAGUUUCAGCUAUCAUUCAAAAAAGGAACUAUAAAUCCAAGGCAUACGUACUACACAGCUCAGCCCGUCGUCUUUCACAACUACCCUCUACUCAUCAUCUGAACACCGAUACUCGACCAGAAAUUAUCUCUCCCUUUAAUCGUGUUACAUUUCAGAGACCUCUCAUUAAGGGUAUGGGAAGUAGACUUUGGAUUCUUCAGGAAUGGGUUUGGCGGUUACGUGGGGUUUUGUGGAUGUUUAGUCAUUUAUCUGGAGUGUUGUGCUUCAAUGCAGUUGCCUACAUACUUCGACUAUUUUCUCUCCUUUUGACUCAAGAGCCCUUUUUAUCAUACCUUCGAAGAUCGAGGUUGUGGGUUCCGGAUCUUGUUUCUUUAAGGAAUCCUCGAACUUUUGGAAUCAUUAGCAUCACUUUGGCCAUGCUUUUUGUUAGCUGUUUAUAUUCACUUAGAAUCGAUUCUCCUAUCAGGUUGACAUCUACCAAGAAAUCCAACGUUCAAUCUACUCUGAGACCAAAACUACCUAUACCUAAACCAGUCUCAGACGAAGAUCUGUUCUCUACCCUUUCACUAAGCGCUUCCCAAAAUAUAUCGGCAAAUCAUAAACCUAAACUUGAUAUAAACCAGAACAACUCUAAUCACGAAACACCAAUCUUUGGUAAAUCUACUGCAUUAUCCAAUCCGUUAAUUGGAACAUCUCAUCAAAUUGAAGAAACAUCAGAAAAUGAAUUUGGAAAUAUGGAUUGGGAACCUAUCAACACACCUAAACCUUUUAAUGAAUCAGUUUUACUUCAUCCUCAAACCUUUUUACCACCUGUUAAUCAUAGGGAUGAAAUUGGAAUUGAAGAUAUGUUCAAAGAAAGUUUUAAUGUUAGUUGUAAUGAAAACAACGAAAAGGAUAAGAAAAGGAACAAAAGUUUAAGUUGGACUGAUUGGAUUCCUGGGGGAUUUUUGAGGAGAGGUGCGCAUGGAAGUAAAGCAAAGGAUAGGUAA